AUGGCAAGAUUAAUAGGGAAUAGUAAUAUUAAGUUGAGGAAUCCUCUAUUGAAACUAUCUUAGCCAAGCUCUUCAUCAUCGAAAUUGAUUGCAUUCAAAGUAGUGUUUAUUGAUGAUGUUUAAAAUCAUUACACUGUCAACUGCAAGAAGGUGAAUUGUUUUUACACUUAAGGAAAAUAAAUUAAGAUAGAGAAAUUGAUGGAGAAAGAGUUAAAUCAAUAUUCUGAUUUGAAUCAACUAAAAACUCCAAAAUUUUAUUUUUAUGAUUUAAAUGGUAAUUAGAUUACCAUGUAUGAUAAAACAAUUGAAACCUAUCUCGUCAGCACAAAAGAUAACAACCAUUGGUUAUACGAUAAGAAAUACGAGAAAUUAUUAUUUUAAAUAAUCUAAAUGGAUACUAGUUUUAUCAGCAACAACAUUUCAGAUGAUAAAUCAAGGAAACAAUCAUUAUUGAAUUCAAAUCAACAUAUUAUCCAUAACAAUCCUUUUGAUUAUUUGAUUCCCUAAAGUAGUUUCCGAUCUCGAAUACUCUAAAAGGGAAUCUAAGAUUUAGAAAAUGUUUACGAUAAUUUCAAAAUGACCAGUCGCCAAAAUUCUGAUCCCUUUAUUAUUACCAAUUGUAAAUUCAAAACUACUCAUCAAUCAUUCAGCUCAUAAAAUAGACCAUCAAAUUUAUCCUAUAAUAAUAAAACCAAUAUUGCUAAUUCAACUCCCAGACAUUAUUUAACAGAACAAGAGUAGUAUUUCAUAGACAACAUGCAAAAAUGUUAGGAUGAAUUAGAUAAUUUCAUUGCUAAACUCAAAUCAAAUCUUUCAAAGGAAAAUGAAGAAGUUGAAAAAAUAAUCCGCUUUUAUGAAAAUGUAUUAUAUCCAACCCCCAAAAGCAGGGCUCUCGAGAUGAAAUAAAUAUCUACUUCCAGUUUAAUAAGCACAAAAUUAACCAAGAUCUUGGGGAAACAGUUCCCAGCUGAUUCUAAGACUCCCAAAGCCUACGUUCCUUAAGAAAAGAAAAUGUUACACAAAAUACCACCUUUGUUGCAUUUGAACAUUCCUUCAUUGCAAGCUAAAUAUAGGUUGAACAGAAGUUAAUUAUAUGCUUUUUUCUCACUUUAUAAGGUAUUGCAUCUCAUAUCAGGAUACAUGAAAAUAAAGAGCAAGUAAUUGUAGGUUCAAGGUAUUACUUAUGAAGUAUACAGAAAUGGGAUUGAGACCAUCUAGGAUUAAGCAGAGAAUAUGGCAAGGGGAAUAUUCGAUAUCAUAGAUAGUCGUUGUUCUGGUUUCUUGGAUUGGGGACAGUUCUUAUAUUUAAUGAGUUCAGUAUAAGCUAAAACAAGGGAUCAGAGAAUUGAUUUGUUUAUCAAGAUUGCCGAUUCUAAUAAGGAUGGCUAACUUUCAUAUUAAGAGGUUGUAAAAUUAAGUUAAUAAACAUUGCAGAAAUUCAUAAAGAAUGGAAAUAGGGAAUUUUUGGAUGAGAUGUCAUAAUUUUUCUCUAAAAUCAUUUUUGAUUCAGUAGGAAUAGAUUAUCAAUAAGAAAUUCAAUUUAAUCAGCUAAAGGAAGUAAUAAAUUAAGGACAUCCAAAUUCAGAUUUAUUGUGUAUGUUUUGUGGUGCAGACUCUUGA